CCGGAAGGAGGGGGCUGAAACGCUCCGGGUAGGCGCGCCACGGCGGUGAAGAUGGCGGCGGCUGCGUGGCUUCAAGUACUGCCUGUCAUGCUUUUCCUGGGGGCUCAGCCGUUUCCGUUGUCGUGGUUUGGUGCAGGACCUUCACCUGUGUGUGCUGCUGACCGGUCCAAGUGGCACAUUCCGAUGCCGUCGGGGAAAAAUUACUUCAGUUUUGGAAAAAUUCUUUUCAGAAAUACCACUAUCUUUCUCAAAUUUGAUGGAGAACCUUGUGAUUUGUCUUUGAAUAUAACCUGGUUUCUGAAAAGUGCUGAUUGUUACAAUGAAAUCUACAACUUCAAGGCUGAGGAAGUAGAGAAAUACUUGGAAAAACUUAAGGAAAAAAGAGGCUUGUCUGGGAAAUAUCAGACAUCCUCAAAGUUGUUCCAGAACUGUAGUGAACUCUUUAAAACACAGAGCUUUUCUGGGGAUUUUCUUCAUCGACUGCCUCUUUUAGGAGAAAAACAAGAGGCUAAAGAGAAUGGAACCAAUGUUACUGUUACUGGAGACAGAACUGCGAUGCAUGAGCCAUUGCAAACGUGGCAAGAUGCACCAUACAUUUUUAUUGUACACGUUGGCAUUUCAUCCUCCAAAGAAUCAGUGAAAGAAGGCUCACUAAGUAAUAUUUUUACCAUGACUGUUGAAUUGAAGGGCCCCUAUGAGUAUCUCACACUUGAGGAUUACCCACUGAUGAUUUUUUUCAUGGUGAUGUGCAUUGUAUAUGUCCUGUUUGGUGUUCUGUGGCUGGCUUGGUCUGCCUGCUACUGGAGAGAUCUCCUGAGAAUUCAGUUUUGGAUUGGUGCUGUUAUCUUUCUCGGGAUGCUUGAGAAAGCUGUCUUCUAUGCAGAAUUUCAAAAUAUCCGAUACAAAGGAGAAUCUGUCCAAGGUGCCUUGGUCCUCGCAGAGCUGCUUUCGGCAGUGAAACGCUCACUGGCUCGAACCUUGGUCAUCAUAGUCAGUCUGGGAUAUGGCAUUGUCAAGCCUCGCCUUGGAGUCACUCUUCACAAGGUUGUGGUAGCAGGAGCCCUUUAUCUUUUGUUCUCUGGCAUGGAAGGCGUCCUCAGAGUUACAGGGUAUUUUUCUUAUUCCUUGGCUCUGAUAGUAAGCCUGGUCCUCUCAGCAAUUGAUGCCUGUAUUAUUUUAUGGAUAUUUAUUAGCCUGACUCAAACAAUGAAGCUGUUAAAACUUCGGAGGAACAUCGUAAAGCUCUCUUUGUACCGACAUUUCACCAACACACUUAUCUUGGCAGUGGCUGCAUCUAUUGUAUUUAUCAUCUGGACAACCAUGAAGUUCAGGAUAGUGACUUGCCAAUCAGACUGGCGAGAGCUAUGGGUAGACGAUGCCAUCUGGCGGCUGCUGUUUUCCAUGAUCCUCUUCGUCAUUAUGGUUCUCUGGCGACCAUCAGCAAACAACCAGAGGUUUGCCUUCUCACCACUCUCAGAAGAAGAGGAAGAAGAUGAGCAGAAGGAGCCUAUGCUAAAAGAAAGCUUUGAGGGAAUGAAAAUGAGAAGUACCAAACAAGAAUCAAAUGGAAAUAGUAAAGUCAGCAAAGCACAGGAAGAUGAUUUGAAGUGGGUAGAAGAGAACGUUCCUUCUUCCGUAACUGAUGUAGCCCUUCCAGCCCUUCUGGAUUCUGAUGAGGAACGAAUGAUCACACACUUUGAAAGGUCUAAAAUGGAGUAAAGGAUGGGAAACUUUGCAGGUGAAGAUGGCGAGUAUCAGGGAAGAGAUCAGCGUGUGUGUCAGUCUUCUCCACCCGUGGAUUAAAGCAGGCAGUGAAAUCCUGAUCUGUUCCUUGAUCUUCUGCAUGGGAGCUGGCGAGAGGGGUCGGAACACAGAGAGCGUCUUACUGAAAACACAUUCAUAGGAUGAGAAAAAUCUACAAGCUUCUGAUUUACAACAUUGAUACCCUUUCUCUCCCACACCCAGACACAGAUAUGUAUGCAACCUAUGUGUUGUUCCUGAGCUCUCUUUCAGUUGUCUAAUUCGUCAGAACUAAAAAGGUUAACAUCUUCUAAAGGACUGUCUCAUCAGCACCAUAAUAUGUAAUUUCCAGGAGCAACUGCCUGCUGUUUUUAUUUAUUUAAGGAGUUGCAUAGGUGAUGGAGAAAAUGCUAAUUACUUUUGGUCACAUCUUGAAGAGGCAAUUUUGACUAAAACACAGCCAUUCUGAGUUAAGGAGUCAUGCUACUAUCCGUGACCAAAAAGAAAAAGAGAGUGAAAGUUACAUAUGAUUCAGAUUGUUUAAAAAAGAAAAGCAAAAUCAAGUGCAAUUUUAUUUACAAUGGUGUAUAUUAAAGAUUUUCUAUUUCAGAUGUACUUUAAAGAAAAAUGUUAGCUCAGCUCUUUUGACAUCUGCUAUCGUGACACAUCCCAUUGCUGGCAAUGUGGUGCACACUCCGAAACCUCUAACUACUGUUUUGUAAGCCCCCACGGGUGGUUUUGUGGAGUCCUAGGUGCUGUUUGGUUUGCCUUCAUGCCAUUCUCUGGGAGUUGCACUAGAUAUUAAGAAGCACUCCAUCCCAGUGCUAAGGAUUGAGCCCCUGCUAGAGGGACUAGAGGAGGCUCCAGACGCGAACGCUUAUGGAGAAGAAACAGGUCCUGCUGGAUUUUCAGUUCUUGCAUGAAGUAGUGUGGAGGCCCUGGACUGCUGCUCGUUUUUUUAGGGUUGACUGUUCUAGUAUCUGGUGUUGGUUUAGAAGCUCUUUAUAAGGGACAUCACACGGUGAUGGUAUUCACUUGAAGCACUCUAUAUUUCUGUUUUAAUGGUUUUAUCCAAUUUUGCCUUCCCGAGAUUUUUGUUCUACAUAAAAAGCCCAUUCCCCCUUUUAAUAUAAAAAUUUUAACAAAAUUAA